AUGACAUUCACCCCCCAGACCCCGGCCGCCGAGAUCACGGCUUCCUUCCCAGAAGCCGUGCAGGGCAAGACCAUCCUCAUCACCGGCGUUUCCCCAGGCAGCUUGGGACUCGCAACCGCCGAAGCCUUCGCCUCCCAAUUGCCAACAAACCUGAUCAUCUCAGGACGAUUCACCAAGAAAGUCCAAGCGGCCAUCACCCACCUCGAAUCAACCUACCCAGCCACCACCUACCACUCCCUGAUCAUGGACUUAUCCUCCCAAAAAAUCCGCGUCAUGUCCAUUCCCACCCGAACUCUCACCGAGGACGGACUCGAGACGACCUUUGCAACGAACCACAUCGGCCACCUCCUCUUUACCAACCGUAUCCUGUCUAAGCUGAUCAAGGCCGCUUCUACCACCACCACCACCACCAAAGCCUCCCACUCUGGUCUUGCCCCUCCAACAAGAAUUAUUAACCUCAGCUCCUUCGGCCACAAAUUCUCCCCCGUCCGCUUCACCGACCUCUCCUUCCCUAAUCUCCCCAACGAACUACCCGAGUCCGAGCGUCCCGACCUCCGGAUGACAGAGUACCUCACCGGCAACUCUCACGCAGACGAGGCAUACUACGGCCUCUUCUCCUACGGGCAGUCCAAGACCGCUAAUAUCCUGCACGCGAUAUCCCUCAACCAGAAACUACUUGCUAAGUACAACAUCGCAGCGUUCGCCGUACACCCCGGCGCCGUCGACACGGGAAUUGGUCGACAUGUGACACCUAGCGAUGUUGAGGCUGCCCUGCAGAGGGUGAAGGAUUUGGGGAUGGAUCCUACGCAGAAGUCAAGGGAGGUGGUGGAUGUUGAUAGUGGGGAUGGACAGGUUAAGGGGGUUUAUUUGGCUGAUUGUAAGGUUGAUGAUGGGGGUGUUGUUGCGUUUGCGACUGAUAGGGGGAUUGCGGAGAGGCUUUGGAGUACAGCAUAG